AUGUUGGGACCCCUCGUCAACUUUGACGUUACGUGGGCAGCCAACUGGAAAGCAUGUGCAGGUGGGAAAAAAGGCUCCCCGCGAGAUCUCUCACACAUAGGCAGACAGACAGACAGCCAGCCAGCCGCAGAGAGUCGCAGCAGAACAGCAACAUCAAAGGGAAUCAAAGAUGCAGAUGCAGAGGACCAGAGGAGCAGAGAAGCCGGCUCUGGAGCAGGGAUCUCCGUCAAGAGAGAACGAGGGCUGGCUGCGGAAUUAACAGCAACAGCAGCAUCACCUCAUCCUAACCCCAGCACCAGCGCCAACUCAACUGCCCUCUCUCACGAUGCGCCUAGUAGUUUUAGUCGCCCGACGGUUGGCACCAGAGCUCGCUACUUGGAAAUGAGCUACUUGGAAAUGAAGGGCGGACGAAGUGUCAUAUUGCUCGACUUGGAGGUGAUGCCGAAGGUGUUGCGGGCGGUUGCAGAGGCAAAGGCGGAGGCAAAGGGCAGAGGCCAAGGGAGAGGGAGAGAGGUAAGGAUAAUAAAAGCAAAGAUGGAGGCAAAGGGGAAAACGGGCGUGAGGGUUCACGGGGAGAAGGAUAUGGUUGAUGACCGUGACGAUGUACUGCACUGUAAGGCCGAGUACUCCAGUCGUAGGAUGAGCGCCGGCGCUGCGUCUCCGGGAGUCCUAUUCCAGCAAUGGGAGGGCAAUGAGCUCUAUACAUCUGUUGGGGGGGCCGACGAUGCGCUCAAUCACAGGGCAUCAUAUAUAUUGGCGGGAUCAGUGGCCGUCGAGGAGAGUGCUCGAGACCGACGGAGAAAGAUGUAUGGACUCUGGAGGUACGGAGUCGACACAAGGGAUCAUGGUCAUGGUCGUCAAUCGGCGAGAGCGCUAAUUAGUUAA